UAACCAUAUUGCGAAUGCAAUCAAUAACAUAGAAAAUCAAGCUGAGCUUUUUCUUGUUUUUCAAAUUCAACUUGAUAAUGUUGCACUUAGUGGAGUUAGUAUAGGUGUAAAACUUAUAGCUAAAUUAAUUAUCAAUAAAAUAGAGAAAGAAGAUGGUUAUAAUUGGACAUAUGUAAUAGAAUAUAGAUUUACUAUAUCAUAUUGGUUAAAAGAUUAUAUAAAAUACUUGUUCGGGUAUUUACAAGACUUUGGUCUUUUAAUCAAUGUAUUAUA